AUGAUGCUGUUGCAUCACGUGACCAGGCGUGACGUAUCAUGUCAGCUGAUCACUGCUAAGCUGCAAAGAGAAGGCAAAAAGAUGGCGCUGACUGGCGGUCCGAGGUUGAAGGCUCUGUCCUCUGCACUGCUCUCCCUGCUUUUCCUCUCCACAGGAGUCCAUGGUGACAGCAUGACAGUGCUGCAGGCUCCUGAAUUUGUGUCCUUCCAGAAAGGAGAGUGGCCCGUCUCUGGGGAGAAGAUCCCAGACCUGGUGGCUCUCACCAUGGGCUUCUCUGUUCAAGAGGAACUGUCUUGGCCUGGUCUGCAAGCCGGUCCUUUGUUCCAGCGUCCCCGUGCUAAUGUUCUGGUGGUGGUCCGAGGCGCUGAUAGCCUCAACUUCCCUCAGAGUGUGGCCUCCUAUCCACUAGAGAAUCCAGUACCCUUCACGAUGGACAGCGUUGCCGAGACAGUGCACUCCCUGUUCGCUGAGGACACGCCUGUAGUGCUACAGCUCGCCCCAAGUGAAGAGAGGCUGUACAUGCUGGGCAAAGCCAACGCUGUGUUUGAGGACCUACCAGUGACUUUACAGCAGAUCCGAGGCCGUUUGUCCCAGGAGGGCUCUGUGCUGGCUUCCCUGCCCCUCAACUCCCUCAGUAGAAAUGCAGAGGCGGAUUUGCUCUUCCUGUCCGAGAUCCAAGUUCUGCGUGAUAUCACUGCUCUGCUGCAGAGACACAAGCAUUUGGCCAAGGACCACUCUCCAGACCUGUACUCCUUAGAGCUGUCUGGAUUAGAGGAGCUGAGCCGCACCUACGGACAGGACUCGCCACAGUACCGUGAUGCUAUCGCUAUUCUCGCCUCUGUCUUGCAAAAGUUUGGAGAGGAUGUAUACAGUCUUUAUGGCAACAGUGCUGUCGUGGAGGUGGUGACCGUGAAGAACUUUGAGGCUCCCUUGACCAGGAAGUCCCGCUCUAUUUUGGAGUCCAAACAGAUUAGCAACCCGGGCAGCCCUUACAACCUGGCCUACAAGUACAACUUCCACUAUGCCGUGAUCUUCAACAUUGUGCUGUGGCUAAUGAUCGCGCUGGCACUCGCCGUCAUCGCUGUCGCCUACAACCUGUGGAACAUGGACCCAGGCUAUGACAGUAUCAUCUACAGGAUGACCAACCAGAAGAUCAGGAUGGACUAAAAAAAAAAAGACACUUGACCUCCUGCACUCCUUUAGAUGCUCGUGUUUGUUUGGUGUGCCGUCAUGUUUUGUGAGUACCUUGAAGCUGUAUAAUACCGCAAUUGGUUUGUGCUGCUGUGAUCAUUGACAAUGUUUAAAUUGCAUUUCAUUCCUACCAAGUAGUUUGGAAUAAUGGUGAAUUUAUGGAAAGUCUGUUUUAAGUUAAGUAAAAUAUUUGUGUAUAUAUUGAAAUAUGACUAUGACAAACUGCUGUGCUCUUAUUGUGAAAAGAUUAUUGUGAAGAUAUGUGUUUAUUCCUGCAAAUAUUCACCCUGCAGUUGUUGGGUGAUUAUUAUUAAAAUACAUGACGUAAGAUUUAAAUGGCAAAACAAUAAAUUGUGAUGCUGGUCA